AUGCGUGUCACUCGGGACCUUGCUCGUAGUCCGCUCUUCCAGCUACACCCUGAGGGUCUAUCGAUGGAAGAGCGCGUACAUGUCACCUAUGAGCGGGCGAAGCGCAUUGCGGAAGUCUACAACUUUACGGCAAAAGAUCUGCUCACACUAUCUCCUAAAUUUUGGGAGUUCCAUACGGAUCCUAUCUGGAGCAUGGAUGGUGCUGCUGGAACGCUCCUUACCCUGCAAUACAACUGCUGCGCUGGAACGCUGGCAAUGUUUUCGGCCAAAAGAGCGGAUCUACGUGAGGUGCUACAAGAAGUGCUAGAUUUCAAAGUCUCUGGUCAGUUUUGCUUGACAGAAGUCGGUCAUGGUUUGGAUGUCAUACACCUCGAGACAACAGCCACGUUAUUAGAGAGCGGCGACUUCGAGUUGCAUACGCCAUAUGAACGCGCAGCGAAGUAUAUGCCGCCUACUGCACCUGCCGGCAUACCUUGUGUUGCUAUCGUCUUUGCUCGAGUAUUAGUACAUAACGAAGAUAGAGGAGUCAAAGCAUUUUUUAUGCGCCUCCAUGACGGAUUCAACAUGGCGCCUGGGGUCGUAUGCAAGCUCCUUCCUCAGCGUGGAGGGUCACGUCCGGUGAAUCAUUCCCUCACGUACUUCCACUAUGUCCGCCUUCCCCGUUCUGCACUGCUCGGAAGCUUGGAUAAACCGGAAGAUCCGCGGGCUGCCUUCUUCCACAACAUAUCCAGGGUGGCGGUCGGCACAAUUGCAAUUGGUUCACUUGGCAUCCCUGCCCUGCAGAUGUCAUCGUUUAUCGCAGCUCGUUACAGCCAACGGCGUACCAUUGUCAACAGUGCCGGAGAACGCAAACCAAUCAUCGAGUUUUGGACGCAAAAAGCCCCCAUCGUGACUGCGGUUGCUAGAGCAUUUGUCAUGAAGGCAAUGCACGAUAAGGCGGUCAGCUUAUUCCUCGAUCCAUCAUUAGAUUAUCGUGUUCGGCACGCAAUUGCAUCGAUCUUGAAGGUCGUCAUGAUUCAACACGCACAGGAGGCUCAUCUUACUUUGAGUGAGCGAUGCGGUGCACAAGGGCUUUUCGAGGUGAAUCAGCUGAAUGCUAUGCACGCGGACAUGCGAGGUACAGCUAUCGCUGAGGGUGACCUUUUGGGUAUCUCAGUCCGUCUAGCGACGGAACUGCUGCUUGGGCGCUACGAGAUCCCCCACACUUCCGACGAAAACAGCCUCUUGUACAAGCAUGAAGCCGGCAUGUUCGCAGAGCUCCGAGAACACUUGCAUGAAAUCAAAAAUCAUCGCAGCGUUGCCUACGACCGUCUGGUUCUUCCUGAUUCUGUCCCUCUUGUCCAGGCUAUUGGUCAUCGAAUCGCAUAUGACGCUGCUGUCGCGGCGGGAGUCGAUGCUUGUCUAGUCGAUCUCUACGUUGCCACCUGCAUUAAAUUGGACCCCGCAUGGUACCUUGAAGAGCUCGGGAUUAACAGAACAGCGCAGAAAGAUAUGGAAAGUUCAGCAAUCGACGCUGUCUACCAACGACUGGAGGAGUACCUUGAGAAGAUGGAUGUUGAGUCUUACGUCUCAGCGCCCUUGAUCUCGGAUACUGCCUGGAACGACUAUGUGCGUUCGUUGGAAACGUUUGGAGACUCCACCGCCAACGUCUCCAAAUGCCACGUUCCAUGCUCAGCAGGCAUCGUUGCAAAGGCUUCUUUCCUCCCGCAAAACUCAUUACACGUUUGA